AUGUCAAAAAUUAUAAUUGACUCUAGUGACCAGAUGUCAGAAGUUAAUGAAGAAACUUUGAUGAGAUUAGAGAUUGCAAAACUUCAACAAGAAGUUGAAAUGAUAAGAGCUAGCAAAAAGACACUUAUUAUCAAUACUAGUGACAAUGAAAUGAGUGACGAUCUUGCAAACUAUCUACAGAAAAAAGACAGAACUACUGUCAUAAUGAAGAUAUUGACUAAAUUUAAAGAUUAA